AUGGAGGGAGGAAAUGCAAAAAAAAAAGUUGGAUAUAUGAAUAACAAAAAAGACGCUUGCCAACCAGCUCUGACUCGUCAGUCUACAGUGGACGACGAGAUAUCACAGCCCAAUAAACUAAAUGGCUCUGUUGCAGAUUUCCAAAAUUUGCACCGGGAGCUUCUCCUUGGCCAUAAACGAGGGCUUCUGCUCGGGGUGAGGCCGGAGCUGAAGAGGGUCAUGGAGCAGCGGAGGGGGAAGCUCCACAAAGAAGAGGAACAGGCUCGACUGGGCCCAUCCGACCUGGAGACCGAGCUCCGCAAGAGGCAGCAAAAACUCAAAGAGUAUGAACUUGAGGAAGUGAAGCAGCGAGAAAACCAGGAGAAGAUUCCAGAAUUUGUCCGAGUGAAAGACAAUCUGAGACGGACACAGGCAUUCGAGCCAUGA